AUGGCGAUGGGAUUUGGAAUUUUCGGAGCUUGUUUACUCGGAUUUCUACUCAUAUUGUGUUGCGCUGGAGAAUUUAUCAUCACAUGGGAUGAUAUGAAGGUGGAUACUACUCAGAGUGACGAAGGAUUGGAGUUGAAAGUUGAAGGAAGUAGUAAUCGGAGUCGAAUCAUCGUUGUUGAUCCAAGUGGAGGAGGAGAUGCUCUUACUGUUCAAUCCGCUGUUGAUAUGGUUGAUGAUGAUAAUUCAAUGAGAGUUAAGAUUUAUAUUCUACCUGGAAUUUACAGGGAGAAAGUAUAUAUUCCGGCGAACAAACCGUUAAUAUCGCUUAUUGGAGAAGAGGAUCGAUCGGAGGAGACGAUCAUUACUUGGAGCGAUAAAGCUUCUGAUAGAGAUGAGAAUGGAGAUGAACUUGGAACGUAUAGAUCAGCAUCGGUAACAGUAGAAUCUGAUUACUUCUGCGCAACCGCCAUCACCUUUGAGAAUUCAGUCGUGGCGGUUCCAGGUGAAUACGGUAUGCAAGGAGUUGCAUUACGAAUAGCUGGAGAUAAGGCAAUGUUCUAUAGAGUUAGGGUUUUAGGUACUCAAGAUACUCUUCUUGAUGAUACUGGCUCCCAUUAUUUCUAUCAAUCUUACAUUCAAGGUGCUGUUGAUUUCAUCUUCGGCCGAGCAACUUCGCUCUAUCAGGAUUGUGUAAUUCGAUCGACAGCAAAGAGAUACGGAGCGAUCGCGGCUCAUCACAGGGAUUCGCCAUACGAAAACACAGGUUUUUCGUUUCUCAAUUGCAGAAUCUAUGGAAGUGGAACAAUCUACUUAGGAAGAGCUUGGGGAAGCUAUUCAAGAGUAAUCUUCUCAUAUUGCGAAAUCGACAGCAUUGUUAACCCCUUGGGUUGGAGCGAUUGGAACGACCCGUCAAGGCAAAAGACUGUAGUGUUUGGAGAGUAUCAAUGUCGAGGGAUAGGAGCUGACAGGCAGAACCGGGUUUCAUGGUCGAGAUCUUUAAGCUACGACGAUGCGAGACCAUUUCUCGAUACUAAUUUCAUCGAAGGAGAUCAAUGGCUUAGACUGUAA